AUGUUAUUUUUUUCUCAGUUCCUUUUUACUUCUUCUACAAACAUUAAUUUUUAUUUAUACAAGAUAAUAAAAUUAUGGGGUACUUUUGCUGUCAUACAACAGAUUAAUCAUUUUAUCUCCUCAAUAUAUACAAUUUCAUUUUCUUUACCACCAGAAAUAAUUCUUAGAUUUUUUGGUUCAACACUUCAAUGUGGUUACCUUACAUCUGUAUUAUGUGCUUUUAUUUUAACACUAAAUCGUUUUGAUGCAAUAUAUAGAAAUCAAUUUUUUCCCACAAUUGAUAGAGAAAAAGUUUUUAAUUAUUUUAUAUAUUUUUGUUAUUUUUAUGCUUUUAUUAUUUUAUGUGUUUAUAAUAUUCCUGAUUUUGGAUAUUAUUUUUACCUUCAAACAUUAUCUUUUCAAUAUUCAGUUGAUCAAAAUAGAUGGAGAUAUAUUUGGGAGUAUGAAAAUAAAUCAACUUUUAGUAUAUUAAUAUUUUGUUUAUUCAUUUAUUUGAAUAUAUUUUUUAAAAUUUUAUUACUUCGUACAAAUGCACCUGGAAAACAUUAUAAAUGUAGUGAUAUAAAAUUACUUGUACCAGCUUUAUUUGAAAUAAUCUUAACAUUAAUUCUUGAAAUUUUGUGGGAAUAUUGGCUUGAACCAAAUUCAGAAUCUAGAUAUAAAUUUGUAAUUCUUAAUUUUUUAUAUAUUUUAGUUAGUGGAACAAAUACUAUUACAAGUUUUUUAAUACUUAAAGAAGUUCAAAAUACAGCAAAAACGAUUUUUAAUUGUAAAAAAAAAUUAACAUGUAAUCGUAUUUCAAGUGUUGCUCAUUAUUAG